CGGGAGUCGUGACGCCGGCUCGUCCUUGUUUUCAACGCAGCGCGGGAGAUUCCGGAGAGACGAGCACCGGGUCCCGGGUCGGUGAGCAGAGAUGCCGUGUGACAGGAGGCCGAUGCGCUACGGGCACUCGGAGGGACAAACAGAGGUCUGCUUCGACCAGACGGGACGGUUCAUUGUGACCUGUGGUAAUGAUGGAGACGUUCGUAUUUGGGAGGGUCUGGAUGAUGACGACCCAAAGUUCAUCACCGUCGGGGAGAAGGCGUACUCUCUCGCACUCAAGAAUGGCAAGCUGGUGACGGCGAGCUCCAACAACACGGUGCAGAUCCACACGUUUCCCGACGGCGAGCCGGACGGCAUCCUGACCCGGUUCACCACCAACGCCACACACGUCACCUUCAACAGCAGCGGCUCCAGAGUCGCUGCCGGGUCCAGUGACUUCAUGGUUAAGGUGGUGGAGGUGUCGGACAGCAGCCAGCAGAAAACGCUGCGAGGCCACGAGGCGCCCGUCCUCAGUGUCACCUUUGACCCCAAAGAUGACUUCCUGGCGUCUGCCAGCUGCGACGGCUCCGUGGUGGUGUGGAACAUCGAGGACCAGUCUCAGGUGAUCAGCUGGCCUCUGCUGCAGAAGACCAACGACAUCAGUAAUGCAAAGUCUCUGUGUCGGCUGGCCUGGCAGCCUGUGACGGCAAAGUUAUUAGCGGUUCCUGUGGAGACGAAGGUCCACCUGUAUGAGCGAGGGUCCUGGGAUCUUGUGAGCACGCUGUCCGAUGACCUGCAGACACAGCUCAUCAACGUGGUGGCCUGGUCUCCGUGUGGUCAGUUCCUGGCGGUUGGCAGCGUGGGGGGAUCACUGACGGUGUGGGACGUGAACAGGAAGCUCUGCGUGGAAAGGCAGAAGCACGAGAAAGGCUUCACGGUGUGCAGUUUGGCCUGGAACCCGUCAGGCAGCCAGAUAGCCUACACCGACACCGAGGGCUGUCUGGGUCUGCUGGACGGAUUCAGCAGUUCCACCUCCACCUCCACCUCCACCAACAAGCAAGCAACGGCAAAAAAACCAGGAAAAGACUACGACGCCCUGUUUGACGACGACGACGAUGACAGAGUGAUGGAUGAAGGUCUGAGCGACACAAACUCACCGGUGAAGAAACCCGUCGCCGGGGACGACGAUGACGACGACGACUUCCUCAUGCCUGCCACGGGGCGGGUGAGGAACCGAGGGGCGAUCCUGGACGAUGAGAACUCCAUGGACACCGGAUCGCUGAAGACCGGUUGGGACAAAUUUGUGAACGAUGACGAUGCGAGCAGCACCAUCGUGCCGGCGGCGGCUCCGAUGGCGCCCCUUCGUCCCGUCUACGAUGGACCUCUACCGACGGCGCCCCAGAAGGCCUUUCAGCCGGGCUCCACUCCGGCUCACCUCACUCACCGCUUCAUGAUGUGGAACUCGGUGGGAAUCGUUCGCGGCUACAACGACGAGCAGGACAACGCCAUCGACGUUGAGUUUCACGACACGGCCGUGCACCACGCCAUGCACCUCACCAACUCGCUGGGUCACACCAUGGCGGAUCUUUCCCAGGAGGCCGUGCUGCUGGCGUGUCCCAGCACGGACGAGCUCGCCAGUAAGCUUCAGUGCCUCCACUUCUCGUCCUGGGACACCAACAAGGAGUGGAUGGUGGACCUGCCGGAGGGCGAGGACGUUCGGGCGCUGUGUCUCGGUCAGAGCUGGGCGGCCGUCGCCACCAGCGCCAUGAUGCUCCGACUCUUCUCCAUCGGAGGAGUCCAGAAAGAGAUCUUCAGCCUGCAGGGGAACGUGGUCUGUAUGGUCGGACACGGAGAGCAGCUGCUCAUCGUCUACCACAGAGCUCCAGGUUUUGACGGGGAUCAAGCUCUGGGCGUCCAGCUGCUGCAGUUCGGUCGAAGGAAGAGGCAGCUCAUCAACGGAGAACCGCUCCCUCUGUCCCACAAAGCUCACCUGUGCUGGCUCGGAUUCACUGCCGAGGGUACCCCGUGCUAUGUGGAUUCGGAUGGAGUCGUCCGGAUGCUGAACCGUUCCCUUGGCAACACGUGGACUCCAGUGUGUAACACCAGAGAAACCUGCAAAAGCAAAUCGGACCACUACUGGGUGGUCGGGAUACACGAGAACCCUCAGCAGCUCAGGUGUAUUCCCUGUAAAGGCUCCAGGUAUCCUCCCACUCUGCCCAGACCGGCUGUGGCCAUCCUGCCCUUCAAGCUGCCUCUGUGUCAGACCUCCACAGAGAAAGGACAGAUGGAGGAGCAGUUCUGGCGUUCCGUCCUCUUCCACAACCACUUCAGCUUCCUGUCGUCCAGCGGCUACGAGGUCGACGAGGACGGACAGACUCGGUCCCAGAAGGAGCAGCAGGAGCUCCUCAUGAAGAUGUUCGCACUGUCCUGUAAGCUGGACAGGGAGUUCCGCUGCGUGGAGCUGGCCGAGCUCAUGGACCAGAACGUGGUGACUCUGGCCAUCCGGUACGCGUCCCGGUCCAGACGCAUGGCCCUCGCCCAGCGGCUCAGCGAGAUCGCCCUGGAGAAGGCCAACCAGAUCCAGGAGGAGGAGGAGCCGGAGGAACAGGAAGUAGAGCCGGAAUACAUCGCCGCCAGACGGCCUUCUGGGUACGGUCAGAGCGAGGUCACAGGAGGGCGUCAUGGCAACAGACGAAAUCAGGAGGAGGAAGAGGAGCAAGUAGAAGAGCUCAGAGAGGAAGAGGAGGAGGCGGAGGAGGAGGAAGCAGAAACCAGAAAACGUGUGAAUCCGUUUGCUAAAGAAGCAUCUUCACCUGUGAUUCCUUCUCUGACACCAAUUGGUAAAGUCGGACGUGCAAAUCCUUUCAAGGUCCUCGGCUCAGCGAGGCCCUCGUCUUCGUCGCCUCAGCCUCGAGUGGCCAACAUCCUGGACAACAUGACGUCCAGCAGGAAGUCGUCUCCGCUCAGCGGAUCUGCAGGGAAACCGGGAAAAGGCCCCGUCCUCAAACCGCUGGCCCCCCGGCCCAGAACCAAGACUCAGUCCACUCUGCUGCAGAUGACGAGCUCAAAGAAGAAGACUCAGGAGAACUCACAGCCGGCUGCAGAGCCGCAGAAACAACCAGAAGCUCCGCCUCCAGCUUCUCCUGCAGACAACACAGAAAACAAGAGACCGAAGACGGGCUUCCAGUUCUGGCUGGAGGAGAACAGGAAGAGCAUCACCGCCGACCAGCCGGACCUGGAGGAGACGGACGUCAUCAAAGAGGCCAUGGGGCGUUUCAGGACGCUGUCGGCAGAGGAGCGACUGUCGUGGACGGAAAGAGCAAAAGGCCAAACUGGAGAUGCAGCUGAUCUGAAGAAGAGGAAGAGAGCUGAAGGAGGAGGAGAAGGGGGAGGUGGAGGAGGAGAAAUAGAAAAUGGACAGGCAGAAGCAGAUGAAAAUAGUGCCAAGAAGAAGAAAUCUUUGGAUCCCUCCGCCAAGCUUUCAGCGUUUGCUUUUAACAAAAGCUAAAUGUUUUAAAUCUUUUCUUUGAUCAGAUUUAUUUUGUUGUUGAAUCUGUUCUUUGAGGCUCUUCAUCCAAACAUUUAAAGCCCUUCAGAGUUGAUCAGAUGGACGUUCAUCAAUCACGGAGUGCUCUUUAUUCUGUUUUUACGUUUAUAAAAUGUAUUCUCUGUAUUUUAAC